AACUGACAUAUUUCACUUGCCGAAUAGACUGAUAAAUGUGCUUUUUUAUUCGAGGUAAUUUCUUUAGAAGUUUUGCUUGAGUCGAGAAAAGUACUUAGGGUAGGUUUGUGACUGUUGUUGAAUUUUCUGGUUUGUCGAUCGUUCGCGGAAAAUCUACCAAAAUAGCGCCACCAACCCCAACCAAACGUGUGAAGAUGUCGGAGAGUAGUAGCAGUGUUGUGAAUGGGAGCAACUACGAGACAUUGCAUCAAGGACGCCUCAAUAUGUACAAAUCCAAGGUUGGAGUCGUCCUCGGAGCUCAAUGGGGCGAUGAGGGUAAAGGCAAAGUGGUUGACAUGCUGGCAUUGGAAGUAGACAUAGUUUGCAGGUGUCAGGGAGGAAAUAAUGCUGGACACACUGUUGUGGCUAAUGGCACAGAAUUUGAUUUUCACCUGCUACCCAGUGGCAUCGUCAAUGAGAAAUGUAUCUCUGUGAUCGGCAACGGUGUGGUUAUCCACUUACCAUCACUUUUCGAGGAACUGUCUAAAAAUGAGGCAAAAGGCUUGCAAAAGCUCGAACAUCGCUUGAUCAUUUCGGAUCGUGCGCAUUUGGUAUUUGAUUUCCAUCAAUUGGUUGAUGGUAUGCAAGAAGCCGAAAAAGGCGGCAAAUCGCUCGGCACCACCAAGAAAGGUAUUGGUCCGGCUUAUUCCAGCAAGGCAACCCGUAACGGAAUUCGAGUGGGCGAAUUGUUGGGUGACUUUAAUAUCUUCACAGACAAAUUUAAAUCCAUUGUGGCAACACAUUUGCGUCUCUUCCCUUCAAUCAAAAUCGACGUCGAUGCCGAGUUGGCACGAUACAAGGAGUACGCAGAAAAGGUGCGUCCCUAUGUGAAAGACACCAUUUGUUUCCUACACACCGCAUUACGGCAAGGAAAGACGAUCUUGGUAGAGGGUGCCAAUGCUGCUAUGUUGGACAUUGAUUUCGGCACAUAUCCGUAUGUGACGAGCAGCAAUUGCAGUAUAGGUGGAGUACUCACGGGUUUAGGUCUACCACCACAGACUAUUGGCGAGGUUAUUGGAGUUGUUAAAGCCUAUACAACGCGUGUGGGCGAUGGUCCGUUCCCUACCGAACAAAUUAAUGAAAUCGGCGAAUUGCUCCAGACUCGUGGUGCUGAAAUCGGUGUUACAACAAAGCGAAAACGUCGCUGUGGCUGGCUCGAUAUUCCGUUACUGAAAUAUACUUCUCUUGUGAACGGAUACACGAGCAUUUGUCUGACAAAGCUUGAUAUUCUUGAUACUUUGCCAGAUAUCAAAGUGGCUGUGGCCUAUAAGCGCGCUAAUGGUGAAACACUAGAUCACUUCCCCGGCACAAUCGCAGAAUUGGGUGAGAUUGUUGUUGAAUAUGCUACGUUGCCCGGUUGGCAGGAGAGUACCGAGAAUAUUCGAAACUUCAAGGAAUUGCCUGAAAAUGCACAAAAGUACGUACGAUUCCUAGAAAAUGAGCUGCACGUGCCAGUACAAUGGGUGGGUGUUGGCAAAGGACGCGAGUCCAUCAUCAACAUCCAUUAACAUUUAACUGCAGCGUGUAUUUGCGCAAUUGGCUAUUUCAACUGCACAGAUACUUGGAUUGCACUUUAAUGGUUUUUAAGGGAUAUGUUAAUGAAUAUACUUUAUUUGCUUUGAGUUUUAAUUUUAGAAACUUUAUUGUAUACUAACACACAAAGUAUAAUUCAAUUAAAACAGAUGCAAUAGUGCGAACUUCAAAAUGUAAUGUUAAAAAUCUUUAGUGUAGUUGAAAUAAAUUAAGAUUUGUGCUUUUUUUAUAAUUUACUAUGACGAAAGCCUUAAUAGUUACAAAAACAAAGUUGUACUGUAAUAUUUUAAUUGUAUAAUUAUUUUGUGAAAAUAUACAUACCUAC